AUGCGACCUCUGCCUCAUUGUCCUUACCUCAUGAAUCCUACCUUAUUGUCCUUAACUUCAGUCAACGUGACUUGUCCUUACCUUCAGUCAGCGCGACUUGUCCUUACCUUCAGUCAACGCGAUUUGUCCUUACCUUCAGUCAACGCGACUUGUCCUUACCUUCAGUCAACGCGACUUGUCCUUACCUUCAGUCAACGCGACUUUUCCUUACCUUCAGUCAACGCGACUUGUCCUUACCUUCAGUCAACGCGACUUGUCCUUACCUUCAGUCAACGCGACUUGUCCUUACCUUCAAAAUAUAAUCAGCAUGGAGCGAACUUCUCCGUACGAGAACUCACCGACUACUGCGCUGACCUGGGCUACGUUGUCGACCUCACCAACACCUCCAAAUAUUACAACCCUCAGGACUUGCUCGAUCUGAACAUCGGGUACCGCAAGAUCUACACGGAAGGCCACGUCGUGCCGAGCCAGAGCGUCGUCAGGCAGUUCAUCGACUCUGUGAAUGAUUUCUUCGAGCGCAAUCCAGAUAACGACAAACUGGUAGGAGUUCACUGCACUCAUGGCGUCAAUAGAACGGGCUACCUCGUAUGCAGAUACAUGAUCCAGGUCAUGGACAUGGCACCUGAUCAGGCCAUUGCAGAUUUCGAUAGUGCGCGUGGCCACGUUCAGGAACGUAAGAACUACACUGAUAACUUACGUAAAGCUUUGUGGAUCAACGAAGACCCCAGCUCUUACAAGAUCGUUCUGAACCGCACGAACGGCCAAGGUGGCUGGAAAAACGGAGUGUGGAUUAAAAAUCUACAACCAAGUGAGACACCAAAUUACGAAAUACCUCUCACCUCGAAAUCUCACACUCCGAAUUCUCGGCGCUCGAGUUACGACGGUUACAAUUCGCGCGCGGAUCGCGAUAAUGAUUGGCGACGACCGCGAAAUUCAUAUAACGACGAUGCAAACGCAACUCCGUCACCGAUGAACGGACGUUCCUCGAGGAGAUGGACCCCGCGUGCCCGUGACGACGCUGAAGCUUGGCACGUCACCCCCAACAACUCGUCUCGUACGUCGGACGAGGAAGAUACCACACCUCGUGGUAAAAAAAGGCAUUUGGAACGCAGCGAGAGCGUGUCGUCUCGCCGGGGGCCCUGGAUGCCCCCCUGCGACCCCGACACCGCAGAGCCUCCUCGUCUGCGGUUCAAGCGCGCCCCUAGCGACACCCGCUACGCCAGCGCCAGCCAGCAGCGCUACGACCCUUACUUCUACCAGCAGCGCGAGGGCGGCGGACCAACCCGAACUGAACGACCGAUUCCGUCGCCUCGGGACGGACGACGUCGUGUCAAGCAGUACGCCGGUCCCCGAAAAUAUGAAAGUCCAAGAGAAAAUAAUGAAGACAAAAGCUUGUUAGGUUUAGAGAAUCAUGAGCCUUUAACUUUCCCCGAUGAUCGUCCGCCUCGCAGAGGGUUCCUAGGGAGCAGUGCGGGAGUAGGGAGUCGCGGUCACGGUCGGGAUCCUAGAAGUCCCGGGGUUUCAGAUGAUGUUUUUAGUCCAGAAAACACGCCUCGUGGCGGUAGCAAGCGCAAAAAAGCGGCCAGAUAUGAACCUUAUUAGAGGCGAACUUGGAUUUAGUAUUGGUCUUGUGAUUUUACGCAUCUUGUUGAAACAAUUUAGGUAGAAUUAGAUCGGACAAGCUGUGAAUUCCGAACAGGAAAUUAUUGUCAAUGACGAGCAUAAUGAGAAGGAGAAUUUUUUUUUCUGAGGCCUUGGCGAGAACGAAUUAACUUUGUUCACUUCUGUUGAUUAAUUGAUUACCUUCGUUGGGAGAAAUCGCCAUUGUCCACCAAAAUGCCUGAGGUACUCAGGUCUAUGUUAUUCUGUGAUUUCUUGUGUAAACUUUCAUGAUUACACAAAGUGGCUUCCAACGACGAGAAUUCUUAUGGUUCUAUACUUUUAUCUCGAUUUCCAUGUCUACAGAUAGGUACUUUGGCCUUUAUUUCCAUGGUUAUUGGUACUGGAUCAACUUCAGGGCUGGAUCGCCAGAUAUUAUUAGCCUGACAUCUACCUUUAAUGAUGUUGUUUUCCUAUCAAUUGUGGAUUGCAUACUUUUUUAUCAAUUGUGGAUAAAUUGCGCAAUAAUUUAAAUGACACGUAUUUAAUUUUUUAGCACUGGUUAUUCAUGUUUCUUCAAACAUACGACGACUCUAUCGUUGCGACAUGUCUAGAUGAACCUGCACUUGAGUCGCCAGCAGCUUUGGUAGCUUUUUAUUUGUCUUAACUGCAGCUUCCGUAGCAGAUUGAUUUCUUUAGGAGUUCUUCUCUAGGGUUUAUUAAGGGGUAUUUACUUAAGAAAAGGGUUUUGUAGGGUAUUAUUCUUAGAGAAUGAAAUCCGUACUUUGUUUAUUCACAGUUUAUGUGAAUGUGAUUCUUAUCAUGGCGUUAUAAGCAUGUACGUAAUUUCUUAUUUUAAUCCUUAAUUUUGUUAUUUCAAGUAACAUGUGCAUUAGUCUUCAAAGACUUUUAUGUAAGUUUUCCUGUUGAACUUCAUGUCUUCCGUUUGACCUUCAUGCUUCUAUUCAUGUAACCUUGUAUAAUCAUUCUGUUCAUAACCUUGUAUAAUCAUUCUGUUCAUACCCGUAUAUAAUCAUUCUGUUUAUAACCGUAUAUAAGCUUCCAUGUUUUCAGUGCGCUAUUAACUCCGUACUAGAAGAAUUUAUCGGUCUGGCCAUAUUAUCCAAGUUUUGACCCACUUUCAAACCCACAGCACGAGCAGGGAGCUUACGUAGCACUGAUACGCUCAUUUGCUGGGCCAAACUGGGUCAGGAUAACUCACGCGAUGGCGAAAAGUUCAUCGCUAUUUGGACAAAUGACCUUUUAUUUCUUCCAGUGCUUAUAUUUAAUCGUCAAUAUAUGCUCAUUGGGUGCCUUUGUUGCCAACAAUACGAUGCUGUGAUGCUAUAAUCUUCUUCUGAAUUAAACAUGACCCAUCAA